GGAAAAAGCGUCAUCGGUCUCCUAGCAGCGGUGUGUGUGAGAGUGAACUAUACGGUUUCCAGAAGAGCCCCGUCCGACUAAGCAAAUGGGGCUUUUUGACAAGCUUGCAGGAUGGCUGGGCCUGAAGAAGAAGGAAGUGAACGUGCUGUGUUUGGGCCUGGACAACAGUGGAAAAACUACCAUCAUCAACCAGCUAAAGCCAUCCAAUGCUCAGGCUCAAGACAUUGUCCCAACUAUAGGAUUCAGCAUAGAAAAGUUUAAGACCUCAAGUCUUUCUUUUACAGUGUUUGACAUGUCAGGACAGGGAAGAUACAGAAAUCUGUGGGAACACUAUUACAAGGAGGGGCAGGCCAUCAUAUUUGUGAUUGACAGUGGAGAUAAACUUAGAAUGGUAGUGGCAAAAGAGGAACUGGAUACCCUUUUGAAUCACCCUGAUAUUAAGCACAGGAGGAUACCUUUACUCUUUUUUGCCAACAAGAUGGAUCUCAGGGAUGCUUUGUCAGCAGUAAAGGUUUCCCAGCUUUUGUGUCUGGAAAACAUUAAGGACAAGCCAUGGCAUAUCUGUGCUAGCGAUGCAGUGAAAGGAGAAGGUCUUCUAGAAGGUGUAGACUGGCUGCAAGAUCAAAUCAGAGCGAUGAAAACGUAAAACCCUCCUGAAAGAAAAAAUUAAUAAAAUAACAUCCAAGGUCACCAGCUACAAUGGCAAAACCAGACAAAAACAGAUCUUCAGCUUUGGGCAGACAGUGUCUGUGAAUUUAAAAUCAGCUCCGUUUUACUGUAAUAAAACACUGUGUGGCUUUGAUUAUGACCCUGUUUGCACCAAAUGUCAAUGUCUCAAUUGAUCACAAGUGGUCAGUUGAGACAACUUUGUAAAUCUCUUCACAAAUGUUAUCGAUUAUUAUUUAUUAGCAGGUUCUCUGUACAGAAUGUAUAAGCACACAAUAGAAUUGACACACAAAAAAACUGACUACCACCUCAAUAGAAAAUAUUUUGUACCCUUUUUAUCCAGUGUAGGGGCCGUUCACCAUUGGCAUCUUUUGCAUGUGCAAAUUCGUUAUUUCCAAUGUAGGCACGCCGUUUUGAAAACAUCUCAACUUUUCCGAAUGCUGCAAGUGUACAUGACAAGAACUGACCAAUCAGCUUUAUACUUUGUAUGAAAUAUUCACAUUUCUGUAGACUAAUUAUCUCAAACAAACACAGAACACCCACACACUGCAGCACUUUUAAAUUUUUGUCUAUAAAUAAUGCUUGUAUCAGAGCUGCAGCAAUGUUUGUCAGUUUGUCAUCCUAGCAACGACAGAUGGAACAUUGGAACGUGAGUGCAAAGCAUGUUUAAAAAUAGUGAAGGAAGUGACGUGCCUCGAGCUUUCCAUUACAUUUUAGAUGCGAAAUGUGAAUGGCCCCUAACUCAGUUCUGACAUGUUUUACUCAUCUGAGCUGUGCUGUAAAUUGGUCUGUGACAAUAUAUAAAUGUUCCAUAACAUCCUAAAAAUACGAACGCUAUACGUCUUGCCUACCAAUGCUGCAGAACAGUGUUUCUCAACCACAUUUCUGCGGGCCCCAACAUUGCACAUAUUGCAAUUCUCCUUAAUUAUACACAUCUGAUUUAACUCAUUAGCUCAUUGGACACUCCAAGAGCUGAAACGGUUGUGUCCGGUUCAUGAGACAUGUAAUCUACAUGUACCGCUUUGGGGGGGGGUCUUCAGAAACAUUAGUGAAAAGCAUUUCUGUAGAGCAGGGGUGUCCAAACUCAGCCCUGGAGGGCCGGUGUCCUGCUGAGGUUAGCUCCAGCUUGCUUCAACACACCUGCAAGGAGGUUUCUAAACUGUAAAACCCAACAGUCAACUUUAUCAAAUGAAAGGAGUGUAGUUAACUCAAAAUAUACUGAAAGUCAAUUCUACUCAUUUGAAAAGAGUUUUAAACUCAGUGUUGAAGGUAAUGACUAUAUUAAAUACCUCAUUACUUCAGCUUAAAUGGAGUAAGUUCACAGUACUCAUAGAGAUUAGUUUUUAACUCAAAUGGUUUGUUUCAAUCGGUUUCCUUAAAUGGUUUGAGUUGCCUUAACUUAUUGGGUUGUGCAGUACUCAGUUGGUUUAAGUCUUCUUCAUUUAUUGGGUUUACUGUGCUCAAAUUGUUUCAUUUACUCAAAUGGAUUAAGUUCACAGGACUCAUUAGGAUUAGUUUUUGAACUUAAAUGGUUUGUUGCAAUUGGUUUCCUCAAAUGGUUUGAGUUACCUUAACUUUUUGGCUUUUACAGUGUAGUAUAUUGAUUAGCUGAUUCAGGUGUGUUUGAUUACGGUUGGAGUUAAACUCUACAGGACACCGGCCUUCCAGGACCGAGUUUGGACACCCCUGCUGUAGAUUGAUUCUGCUGAGAGAGCAAAGUUUGAAUUGUAAUAUUUUAUAAAUUAAUUCAAAAUAUUAGCAGACUAAUCUUGUUUUUUUUUUAUCUUAGCUAUGUUUGUUUAUGAAUCAAUAGAAUAUACUUAUGAGCAUUGUUUAUUUCAUUGCUCUAGAAUGUAAAAUCAGUCAAAGCUUGUUACUGUAGCAAUGUUAUGUACAGUAGUGAUGUUUACUCACUAUUUUGCUAUGAUAAACUUUUCAUGCAUUGCACGCAUGUUGCCUCUGAACCGUUUAAACAUAACAGUGUUGUUAUUUUGUUGUAGUUUUUUUUUUUAAGUGUGACUGCUUAAACUGUCAAAAAGGAAACAUUCCUUUUGUUCAGGGGUUAUUUUUUUCUGAGAACAGGUGUGUUUUUAAAGCUGUUCUAAUGGAAUGGUUGAUGCAUUUUUUGUCAUUUUAUUUCAAUCUUACAAAUGUAUUUAUUUUCUAAACAUUUCACUGAAAUGUAGCAGUUCCUUUCUUGCUGUUUUUAUUCAACAUUAAGGGUUCUUGUAAUAGGAUGUGUAAAGAAUAAACAGAAAUG